AUGACAGAGACAACAAGUUUGCAACUUGGACGCUCGUUGCUGUCGGUUGAUGCAUUCAUCGCUCUCGUAAACCGAAUCUUUCUAAAAAUUGAGAAAACUGUUUUGAUGGCGAUGUCACAGGCUCGGCAGAGAAUUCUGCAAGGCUUUGUGGUCAUUUCCGUAACUUUAUUUUUCCUAUGGGUUGCAGCAUUUUUAUAUGGAAGCUUCUACUUCUCUUAUAUGCCCAAAGCAACUUAUUCUACCCCUGUCAACUAUUAUUACAGAACAGAUUGUGAAACUCCCGGCUCUUUCCUGUGCUCAUACCCUGUGGCAAAUGUGUCUUUAAUGAAGAACAAGAAACAUGUGUUGACCUUUGGGCAGGCCUAUCAACUUUCUCUGCAGCUGGAAAUGCCUGAUUCUCCAGUCAAUCAGGAAAUUGGGAUGUUUAUGGUUCGAGCUACAUGUUUUUCCCAGGAUGGAGGACAGGUGGCUUCAUCUUCUCGUGCUCUGUCUGCAUCGAGUUCCCAUUUUGGAGUGCUACGAUACCGCUCGGAUCUGGUGAGGACUCUAGAGACGCUGCUUUUAUUCCCUGCAUUUCUGACCUCGACUGUUGAGCAAAAACAAAUGCUGGAGGUGGAGCUCUUCUCAGAAUACACAGAUGAUCCAUACGCUCCCUCGGACACAGCUAUUAUUGAGAUAAUGUCCUCCAAAGUGCAAAUCUACUCCUCUCAGCUCCUUGUUCAUGCACAUUUCACUGGUUUGAGGUAUUUGUUGUUCAGGUUCCCGCUCAUUUCAGCCGUGGUGGGCAUUUCAUCUAACUUCCUCUUCCUAAGUGCCCUCUUUGUCUUAAGUUAUAUGAGACAAAUGUUAAAUUUGAAAAAACCCGAAGAGCUCACACCAAACAGUUCACCAGAACGAAGAGAGAGAUGA